GGCAGUACUGUACUAGGUAUAGAUUAUGUUACAGGUAGCGUGGCGAACGUGCUCUUUUUCCGAGUUGGUGUGAAUCUUGUUGACUCGAAAUGCCUCCAAAGAGAGGAAAGGUUCAGAAAGAAGAAGUCCAAGUCUCGCUUGGACCGCAACUUCGUGAGGGAGAGGUGGUUUUCGGAGUUGCACACAUUUUCGCCAGCUUCAACGAUACAUUUGUACAUGUGACCGAUUUAUCUGGCAGAGAAACAAUCGCCAGAGUUACUGGUGGAAUGAAAGUGAAAGCUGAUCGUGAUGAGGCUUCUCCUUAUGCUGCUAUGUUGGCAGCACAGGAUGUUGCAGAAAAAUGCAAAUCAUUAGGUAUCACAGCAUUGCACAUUAAAUUGAGAGCUACAGGAGGUAAUAAGACAAAGACUCCUGGUCCAGGUGCACAGUCUGCUCUGCGUGCUUUAGCUCGAUCAAGCAUGAAGAUCGGUCGUAUUGAAGAUGUUACUCCUAUCCCAUCAGAUUCCACUAGAAGGAAGGGCGGUCGUCGUGGACGUAGGCUAUAAGCCUAUGGUUUACUAUAUGUUUUACUACCUUUCAAUAAAUAUUUAAAGAAAAAAGACA